CAUGUGUGAGCUUCAGCAGUUUGCCGGCGGUGGUGGUGGCGGUGGCGGUGCCUUCGGUGUGGCAGCAGCACCCACUCCAGAGACCUCCUCCUCCUCCUCCUCCCCCACGGUUGUGGCAGUGGCAAAGCGCCUCCAGAAGCGGCAUGGACAUCCGCCGGCCACCUUCCGGGAGCGCUUCCAACUGGAGCUGAAUGCCAGCAAUGCCCAAUUGGAUUGGGUCAACACAUGCGGUGGCAAGUGGCAUGCGAGAAGGACACAACACAAGCGUCCCACAAAUGUCUGCAAGAAGAGGCAAAUGGCCCUGCAGAGCCUGCAGAACCAGACCGGCAGGGAGCUAAGGACCCUGCAGGCCGAGGACAAAUCAAGGAAUACCACCAACUCCAUCCGGGAGCUGGGCACGGGCACCAACAAGGCCAUCGAUAUCUCCAAGCUGCGCAAAUGGGAGCUCCACAGGCAGCACUACAAGUUCCUGCCCCGUCUCAACGAUACCGGCAAGCAGCUGAACCUGCGGCAUGUGCACCGUGACCUGCAAUUCUAUGUGGCCGCCUUUAGUUAUUUGAGGCACGCCAAUUUGCACUGGGACUACGUGAAUUUGCAAGCGGAAACCGCCAUGUCAGCGGAUCUCAAGCGCAUGCGCACCGCCGCCGGACGUGUCCUGUGCAAUGUGGAGAUGGCCAUCAAUGUGACCAGGCGGCGGCAAUCGUCCAUCGGUGGACCAUCCAGUUUCAAGGUGGUGCCACUGGCCCUCAUGGAGAAGCGGCUGCAGCAGUUCAAGACUCCGCUGGUCCAGCUGCAUCUUCAGGCCAGUCGGGCGGCCCGAAAUGAGGCUGUGGAGCCACCACAACCAUCCGCCAAGCUGCCCGUGGAUGCACUAUUCGCCAAAUAUGAAUUCGUGCAGUAUCUGAAGAGUGUCCGAAGGAUACUGGCCAGGCAGAGGCAGCAGCUCAAGUGCCGGAAGAAGCCGGUGAAGACUUAGAGGAUCAGCGAUAACCUCCAUUCCACAACGAGGCUCAUUCCAUUGACACACACACACUCACACACAUCCCUUAAUUUAUUAAACACACAUCCUAACACUAUUUAUUAUCCCCAUGCCACACCAUGAAUGCCACUCACGAGGAGUCCUAAGGCUAUGACAAAACCGAAUAAGUAGAGAGAACAAUUAUCCCAAAACCGAAUGAAGUAAAGGGGAGUUUAGGCUCUCUCUUUCUUUAAUCUAAG